AUGCGCGCCACUGCCACGCCGCCCGGCACCAUCGACCUCGUCAAGGUGAUGGCGGUGCCGCGCGCCGUCACGGCCCGCGCCAAGCUGCUCCUCGGCGCCACCAGCAACACCCUAAUCUUCCUGGGCGUCGACGCCGCCGACUUCAAGGAGAUCGCGCGGCUGGUGCUCGACCGGGUGGAGGACAGCCGCGUGCUGAAGCCGAGCCUGGUGCACGGGGACUGCUGGGACGGCAACACGGGGAUGGACGCGCGGACCGGCGCGGCUUUUGCGUGUGACCCGAGCGCGUUCUACGGACAUGCGGAGUAUGAUGUUGGUGACUGGCGGGCGCUGAGGCACGAGCUGAGCAGGGCCGAGUACAUGGCGAGCUACAAGAAGCUCAUGGAGCUGUCGGAACCGAAGGAGGAUUGGGAGGCGAGGAACCUCUUGUACUCUCUGGCGUUUUAA